AUGGGCCCCAAACGAUACACACCAUGCCCCGUUGACGUCGCCGACAUUCCCAUCAUUGAUGCAGUUGUCAUCUCCCACAGUCACUACGACCAUCUAUCCUAUCCUACCAUCAUGAAAAUCAAAGAGAAGCAUCCCAAUGUUCAUUUCUGGGCUCCAUUGGGCAACAAAGCAUGGUUCACAAAGUGCGGCAUCGAGAACAUGACCGAGCUGGAUUGGUGGGAGUCGCGAGACUUUACUCUGUCAGCAAAGAAGCAAGACGCAGAAGCUACACACACUGAGACCAGCUCUACCGUGAAUGCAGGAGGUGCUGAAGAUAUCAAAGCUGUCAUUGGCUGCUUGCCCUGCCAACACACCAGUGCUCGUACGCCCUUCGAUAAGUCACAUACACUGUGGGGCUCGUGGAGUGUCGAGAGCGGCGGCAAGAAGAUCUGGUUUGGUGGAGAUACCGGAUACCGCUCGGUCCCUGACCUUCCCGAAGAAGAGAACGACUAUGAUGAGAAGUACACUUACCCGACAUGUCCUGCAUUCAAGGGAGAUUGA